GGCCCACCCUGUACACUUUGUGAUAAAAUUGGACCCAGAGAUGGUCCUUUCUUUGAUACCAUCCAGAAGUCUUCUGCUAAAACCUUGUAUGGAAUCUUGUUCUAGGACAGGCAUAUAUAUCUUUUUUUCCAUAAUAUGUUUAUUAGUAAACAUAGUGUAUAUGCUGCAUAUUUUUAAUGCUGCAUAUUUUCUGUUGCAGGCAAAGUAUAUGGGCGUUUACUAUUAUUCCCAUAGACUAUGCUAGCACAGAAAUACGCAGCGUCAAAUACACUGGGGGAGAUUUAUCCAAAUCAGUGUAGUAAGAGAGGUACAGUUGCCCAUAACAACCAAUCAGAUUACCUCAUUUUUAACAAGGCCUCUGAAAAAUGAAAGAAGCAAUAUGAUUGGUUGCUAUGGGCAGCUGGACAACAUUUCCUUGGCACUGGUUUUGAUAAAUCUCCCCCAAUGUGUGGCAUAAAAUGUGUAAGUGUGAACAUACCCUUUAUAGUUAAUCCUAUAACAAAAAAAAGCUAAAUAUGGAUGAAAAGUUGAUAACACGGUUUACAAUAUGGAACCUAAAAUGGAAGUUACAAAACCAAAGAAAAACUAUAUUGUGGGUCCGUAUUUAAAGCGUAUUUCAUAUGGAAAGUGUGAAUGACGCUAGUGACAGCUUGCGGUCUAAAAUGGCCGCGCUCCAUAGUUUCGGGACUACAUUUCCCAGGUCUCUCCACUGGUUCGGCAACCAUCUUGGAAUAUUGUAUCGGCGCGGCGCAGGGAGUUUACUGUCUCGGAUACGCGCUUACCCUACUAGACAUGGCCGCGCCGGAAUCCUAAACUGGUGACGUAACAGACAGCCUCUCCUGCGAUUGGUUGGAAUCCUCUACUCCCGCCAUUCAAUGAAAAGUGACCGUUGCCUGAGGAGAAAGGAGCUGUACGGCGGCGGAGUCUUGAGGCGCUGACUAGUCCUUUAGCGGGACCCCCGAAUUGUAUCAUGGCUACCUCCACCCCUAGUCGCUCGGCACCCCCGGGUCUGCAGUCCCCGGCACGUGGAGCCUCCACGCCUCUCUCACCGACUCGCAUUACCCGCCUGCAGGAGAAAGAGGAGCUGCGGCACCUCAAUGACCGCCUGGCCGUCUAUAUAGACCGAGUGCGGUCCCUGGAGCUGGAGAAUGAUCGUUUGAUGGUGAAGAUCUCCGAGAAGGAGGAGGUCACCACCCGGGAGGUUAGUGGGGUCAAGCUUCUGUAUGAAUCUGAACUUGCUGAUGCUCGAAAAGUAUUAGAUGAAACCGCAAAGGAUAGAGCAAGGCUUCAGAUCGAGUUGGGGAAGUAUAGGUCUGACUUUGAUGAAGUAACAAAAACCCUCAAGAAAAAAGAUGCAGAUCUGUUUCAAGCUCAACAGCGUAAUAAAGACCUGGAGGCCUUGCAUUUCAGAAGUGAGGCAGAACUUAGUGCAACCCUUGAAGAGAAACGGAACUUGGAAGCUGAUUUGGCUGAUCUGCGUGCCCAGCUUGCAAAGGCUGAAGAUGCUCGCUCUGUUGCAAAGAGGCAAUUAGAAAGUGAGACUUUGAUGCGCGUGGACUUGGAGAAUCGCUGUCAGAGUCUGCAAGAGGAGCUGGAGUUCAGAAAGAAUGUAUAUGAAGAGGAGUUUAGAGAGACAAAGAAACGCCAUGAGCGCAGUUUUGUAGAACUAGAUAGAGGCCAAAAGUAUGAAUAUGACUCAAAGUUGGCACAAGCCCUUGAAGAGCUCAGGAAACAGCACGAUGAACAAGUUAAACUGUACAAGGAAGAAAUGGAGCAGACUUACCAGGCAAAGUUGGACAACAUCAGACGUUCCUCUGAUCACAAUGACCAGGCUGCAGAAACGGUCCGAGAAGAGCUGAGUGAGGCACGAAUGAGAGUGGAGUCACUUGCUUACCAGCUUACGGGUCUGCAGAAGCAGUUAAAUGCAUCAGAAGAUCGUGUUCGUGAGUUGGAGGAGAUUCUAUCCAAUGAACGUGACAAAUACCGCAAACUUCUGGAUCACAAGGAAAAAGAACUUGCAGCCAUGAGAGACCAUAUACAAAGACAGUUGACAGAAUAUCAAGAAUUGCUAGAUGUCAAAUAUGCCCUUGAUAUGGAGAUAAAUGCAUACCGCAAAUUGUUAGAAGGAGAAGAGGAGAGGUUAAAAUUAUCACCAAGCCCACAAUCUCGUGUAACAGUAUCUCGAGCCACUUCAAGUAGCAGCUCCGCUACCACCCGCCAGUCUCGCAACAAAAGAAAGCGCAUAGAAGCUGGAGAAAAUGAGGAAGCCAGCAAUAUUCAGUCUUCUGCUAGCUGGGUUAAACUGCCACAUGGUUCAAGCAGUGCUGUUGAACGAAGCAGUAGUAGCAAGUUUCAUAUGUCACAGCAGUCUACUGCAACCGGCAGCAUCACUGUAGAGGAGAUUGACCAGGAUGGAAAGUUUAUUCAUCUAAAAAAUAAUUCUGAUGAGGAUCGAUCUCUAGGCAGCUGGAGACUUAAGUUGAGUGUUGGAGACGAAGAUGAAAUGGUAUAUAAAUUCACACCAAAAUAUGUGCUAAAAGCAGGCCAGUCUGUUAAGAUAUACAGUGCUGAUGCUGGGGUCGCCCAUAGCCCGCCUUCUGUUUUGAUCUGGAAAAAUCAGAGUGCUUGGGGAACAGACAGCAGUAUCAAAAUCUCCCUGGUGAACAGUGAAGAGGAGGAAGUAGCUGUUAGAACUGUAACAAAGACUGUCGUGUCCACUGUAGAAGAGGACGGAGAGGAUGAAGAAGCUGAUUUUGGGGAGGAAGAUCUCUUUCACCAGCAGGGUGAUCCUCGUACCACAUCCACAGGCUGUUACCUAAUGUAACCAAUAUUUCCGGUGUAUGCUGAUUUACUGCCAGAGUUGCUAUUUUUUUAUACUUUUAUUUUUUUUAGGCAUUGUUUAGUUUCAUCCAUGAAACGUAAACUACUGCCAGACAUGUUUGCAAAGGUUUUCAUUGUUGUGUUUUUUAUUUUUAUUUUAUUUUUUUUUAAAUAUGCUAUCAUUGUUCCCUGUGGUUUUAACACUAUAUAUAUCUCUCAAUGAGGGUGCACGUUUUAUGUUUUACCUUUCAUGUGGCAGAUAUCUUGUAGAGGAAAAGUUUCAAUGUGUAGCUAGCAUCCGCAAGAUGUUUUAUUGUUUUAAUUUUACAGUUUACUGACAAAGGACCUACUUUUAGAGUUUGUUUUAUUACAUAUUUUCUCUUUAAAUCUACUUAUGAGAGAGAAAUGUUAAUACUUUAAACCAAUCAAUGGCAAUUUACAUUAGCCACGCCUCCCUCUGUUGUAGAUGUCCUGCCAACCACCCCACCCCCAAAAUUCGGCACAUGUAUUGAUACAAUUUCUUAGUCCAUUAAUCCAUACUCUAGUUAUGUGUUAGGGCUUGUUCCGUUGUCAAAUGUGGUGCAGUAAACUAGUUGUUAGUGGGUUCAACUGCUCAUGUUUGAAAGGGUUCAAGUUAAGGGUUUACUUAAUUGUGCAAGUUAUUAGCAUGAGGGUAUUGGGGCCGAUGAAAAUGGUCUUACAAAAAAGUUAUUUAUACAAAAGAUUACCAACCUACAUUUAUGAUCCUCUUUCUUAAUUUGCUUGUCACCAUGACUCUUCGCCAAAUCUGUUUUCUGUUUAACUAUUGUCACAAAGCAUUCUACUUGAACUUAUACAAAGGCUUGCCCCUCUGUUUAACAGCUUGCAGUCCAGUAAAGGGCUGUCUCAAAAAUAUUUAAAAAAAAUUAGAUUUCCUAAAAAUUUACAAUUAUUCAAUAGAAAUUUUUAAAAUAUUUGUUUACAUAUUGCUACAUUCUUGUUAAGUUUCCUGCAGUUGCCUCUUGGCUCCCUCUCGGAACAUCAACCUACUCUGCCCAGUGCUGUUGGCCACUCGUGCCUAGUAGCUCACUACCAUCUAGAUUAGAGAUGAGCGAAUUUACAGUGAUUCAAUUUGCCACGAACCUCGCGGCUCGGCAGUUGCUGACUUUAGCCUGCAUA